UUUUUCAUUUUUUUUUUUUUUUUGACAGAAACGUGUGUGUAACUUUUCUCUGGAGCAUCCGAGGAAUUUUGUAGUUGUUCUUAUAGUAUUUUAAAUCUGAGAAAACCCAGUAGAGUCUUUCCCGCAGUGAUGAGGGAGUGACAAGUCGAAGGUCCUGCCAGCAUCCCUGGGAGCUGCGAGCAGCUAACGCCCACCGCCGAGCCCCCGAUGGGACUGGGGCCGAGCUCCUGCACUCCUGACAGGGAUGAAGGUAGAGCCAUGUUACCUGCUACCUAAGCUGCCUGCUGCUGCUGUAGCUCGUGGAUAUGGUCCCAGCCCUGGCUCCGUGCACAGACUCUCAGCUCUGACCCCACCCCGGAGGAUUUAGUGGCAGCAGAGACCCCAGCUGUGGAGCACGCUCCCCCAGGCACCCCAGGACGGAGGGGCUGCAGCGCUGGAGAGUUACUAUGCAGCUUGGACUGCUUGUGGCGGUGGUUUUUCUAAGCUCCAUGGAUCUAACAGGCAGCAGCAAAGUGGUGAAGGGCAAGAGGCAAAGACGAAUCAGCACCGAGCUGAGCCAGGGCUGUGCCAGAGGUUGUGACCUGUGCUCUGAGUUCAACGGGUGCCUGAGGUGCUCCCCCAAACUCUUCAUCCUUCUGGAGCGGAACGACAUCCGACAAAUUGGGAUUUGCCUGCCCUCUUGUCCACUGGGAUACUUCGGCCUUCGCAAUACGGACAUGAACAAGUGCAUCAAAUGCAAAAUUGAGAACUGUGAGUCCUGUUUCAGUCGAAACUUUUGCACAAAAUGUAAGGAAGGUUUGUAUUUGCACAAAGGGAGAUGUUACGUCACGUGCCCCGAAGGCUACGCUGCUGCCAACGGCACCAUGGAGUGCAGCAGCCCUGCACAAUGUGAAAUGAGUGAGUGGGGGCCCUGGGGGCCCUGCUCCAAGAAGAGGAAGCUCUGUGGCUUCAAGAAGGGCAAUGAAGACCGAACACGGAGGAUUCUGCAGGCUCCCUCUGGGGACGUGUCUCUGUGUCCUGCGACUACGGAGGUGCGGCGCUGCACGGUGCAGAAGAACCAGUGCCCCGAAGGGAAAAGGAAGAAAAAGGAAGAGCAAGGAAAGCAAGAUAAUGGGAAUAGAAAUCGGAAAGACACCAAAGACACUAAGUCUGGCACCAAGAAGAGAAAGAACAAACAGAGAGGGGCCACGGUGCCCGCGACGCCCGCUAGCCCUGCCCAGUAGCCGGCCGGUGCGUCACCGAUGGCAAGACUCCAUUGCUGCUAUGUAUAUGAAAGCUU